CGGCCACCGCCUCCCCCGGGGUGGCCUCGGAUGCUGCCUCCUCUAUUGAGGCCUCGGCCUCCACCUCAGCCUCCACCUCUGCUUCCGCCUCCGCCACGGAGGCCUCCGCCACGGCCUCCGCCACGGUCGCCGCCGCAGCCUCCGCCGCCUCCGCCGCCGCCGCAGCCGCUGCCGCCACCGCCGCCGCCACUGUCGCUGCUGUCGCCACGGUCGCCGCUGCCGCCGGGCCGCUGCCGCGACCUCCCUUCCCGCGAGCUGGGGGACGGAGAGGCGGGGGAGGGCAGGAGGGCCGGUGGGUGCCGGAACCCAGACCCGAUGCGCAAGCGGGAGCUGGCGCAGGGGAUCCGAACUGGCGAGUUCAAGUCACCUGGGAUGGCAGGUGUUGCCAGGAGCGGGCCGAAAACAGAAGUGUCAGCAGAGGACUAUAAGUGCUAUGUGAUUGGACUAUGUUGGCCAUGGAAUUUCACCUGCCUGGCAUAUAUUCUCUCAUCCUCUCCUCCUCUGCCUUCUUUAGGAGGGAGAAAUCAGAAUGAGUGGGGAUGCAGUUCAGAGAGCAGAGGAGAGGAGAAGAAAAGAAGGAAGAAGGAAGAGGACUGGGGGUGGGUGGGGGGGAGGACACCAAUGAGAAGAGGGACAGAUCAACUCUACACACAAAAGUAAAUCAAAACACCAAAAACAGGGGUCUAUGUAAGGAAGCCUCUUCCCGUGAAUUGCUCGUUGCAUGGCUGCAGGGAGGGUGUUUAGGGGCAUAGAGAAUGAAAACAUACCUGUAUUUCGGGGUAGGGAAAUUGUUUCUGUCAAUUCGCACCGUCCACACGCCACCUCCCACCCCAACCCCAUCACUACCAAAUUCCUCUAAAUAAAAAUAAUUGUGGGAUACAGGCCAACAAAAACCGUCAGCCUUAGGCUGUUGUUUAGGGAGAAUUGGAAAGCGUUUGGAUAUGCCCCUGUUGUUUAGUAAAUGGCAACAA